AUGAUAGCCUGUGUGGCUCUCAUUUAUGUAAGAUUUAGUUCUGGUGCAGAAUGUUGGUCUAAGAACGCUUGUAUAGAAACCAGUUUAUGUGCUGCUAAAGGUGGAAUUUCACAGCCAAACCUUUGCAGUGGUGGUAAUACUAUUCGAUGUUGCUCAUGCGCCAAUUGUAUGGAGGCAUCAUUGUGUGUAAGUCGAGGUGGUGUCCCUAGUACUGGCAUUUGCCCUGGUUCAUCAAAUCAUCAAUGUUGUAAUAUGGCAUCUACUUCAGUACCUACUGGUGGUAAGACACCAGUUAACAGAAUGCUCACAGAUUUAGCUGAUAUUCUUCGUGGAGCUGGUCUCACUGUUAUUGAAUCGGAGGGUUGGAAAACACGUGGCCAUGGCAUUAUGACAUCCGUCAAGGGAAUUCUUGUUCAUCAUACAGCUGGUCCUGCUACAGGUGAUUUUCCUUCAUUAAAAGUAGUUCGCGAUGGUCGAACUGAUCUUGCUGGUCCACUUUCACAGCUUGGAUUAGGUCGUAGUGGAACAUGGUAUGUUAUUGCCGCUGGUCGUUCUUAUCAUGCUGGUGCAACUAUUGAUGAUUCAAUAUUUGGAAAUGCAAAUGCUAUUGGAAUCGAAGCAGAAGCAACUGGCAGUCCAUCAACAAAUACUGGACAUGCAUCUUGGCCCGAAGUACAAUAUCAAAGUUAUAUACGUGGUGUUAAAGCUCUUCAGGCAGCUUAUGCUGUUCCAACUUCACGUGUAUUAGGACACAAGGAGGCUGCAGUACCACUUGGACGUAAACCAGAUCCUAACUUCUCCAUGGAUGAAUUUCGUGCUGCUCUUGCAAAAUAA